CACCCACUGACCAGAACACCCUCUGUGUGUGGCCAUUGGUAUUGUCUGUGUUUUGUUGUUUUUAAAGAAAAUAAGAAAAUCAAUCUACAUACAGUAUCAGUCUAAAGUUUGGAUACACCUACCCAUUCCAGGGUUUUUCUUUAUUUGCACUUUUUUCUACAUUAUAGAAUAAUAGUGAAGUCAUCAAAACUAUGAAAUAACACACACAGUGGGGCAAAAAAGUAUUUAGUCAGCCACCAAUUGUGCAAGUUCUCCCACUUAAAAAGAUGAGGCCUGUAAUUUUCAUCAUAGGUACAUUUCAACUAUGACAGACAAAAUGAGAAAAAAAAUCCAGAAAAUCACAUUGUAGGAUUUUUAAUGAAUUUAUUUGCAAAUUAUGGUGGAAAAUAAGUAUUUGGUCACCUACAAACAAGCAAGAUUUCUGGCUCUCACAAACCUGUAGCUUCUUCUUUAAGAGGCUCCUCUGUCCUCCACUCAUUACCUGUAUUAAUGUCUCUUUAAUUAAUCAUUAAUCAGAGGUUUUAAAUGUCCAAAUUCAUCAAUAUGCUGAAAUAAUUUGUGAUUUUGUUGAAGACCAAGACAUACAAAUUCCUCUCUACACACACACACGUCACACUUGUUAAGAUUACUUGUAUUUGGCUAAAAUACUACCUUUUACAAACUGCUUACGCACCAAUAUUUACCAAGCGGUCACUCCAGACUAAAAUUGAUUAGUUUGUUUUACUGUAAUAAAUAGCGAGCAUAUUAAUCACUCACAUCGAAAUCAAUGAAAAUGGGACAAUAGCCGCGGAAACGUCCACCGUUUGUCCUCUUCUAAAAAAAAAAACUACCACAACGAACUUGAAUUUGGGAAUACUUCCAUACCUGUUGAUAGAUGGCAACCUGGAGGAGCCAUUUAUCAACUGGAAUUCCUGCUGUCUUCUUUUUCUACAGGUCCUCUAAAGUGUAUGGACUUCCUGCUGUCUUCUUCUACAGGUCAUCUAAAGUGUAUGGACUUCCUGCUCUCUUCUUCUUCUUCAGGUCAUCUAAAGUGUAUGGACUUCCUGCUCUCUUCUUCUACAGGUCAUCUAAAGUGUAUGGACUUCCUGCUCUCUUCUUCUUCUACUACUACAGGUCAUCUAAAGUGUAUGGACUUCCUGCUCUCUUCUUCUUCUACUUCUACAGGUCAUCUAAAGUGUAUGGACUUCCUGCUCUCUUCUUCUUCUACUUCUACAGGUCAUCUAAAGUGUAUGGACUUCCUGCUGUCUUGCAAUUGACUGCAUUGUUGUUGUUCCCACCAGCAGGACAACAUGAGUGGAGAGAAGGAGGCAUUGCUGGAAGAAAUUGAACAGAGUUUACACCCUCUAACGGAGGAUAAUUUACGACACCUGUGUGAACGUUGUGGAAUAGAUGGCUCCCAAGUUAAAGGAAAGAACCAUCGCUCGUUGCGACGUAAAAUCAUGGAGGAAAUGUGGGAAAAUGCAGAUUCAGUGAAAUCGGAGGAGCAGGGAAUGUCUUGGUUACUCCGACUGAAAGAUGACAUCAGUAGGAUGCAGGAAGAAUCUACUGUGGGACCCAUGAGUCCCAGCCAGUCUGAUGACGAUGCUACAGACUGCGAUGAAGAAUGGAACGUGGAGGACAACGAUGGAGAUUCAGAUUCGAUGUCAUCAAGUAGGAACAAUGGGGACAACCCUAACGGUCGCUCGCUGAGUGGAAGGGUCUUAUCAUCUGGGAAGGCUCCAGGGUUGAAAGUGAUCCAGCGACCUUACAGCUGCGAUGUAUGUGAGAAAAGUUUCCCACAUUUAGGAGACCUAAAGAGACACCAGAGAAUACACACAGGAGAGAAACCAUAUGGCUGUGAUCAAUGUGGGAAGAGUUUUCGUCAGCCAGGGCAACUGACGAAACACAAGCUAACACACACCGGAGAGAAAUCUUAUCGCUGUGAUCAAUGUGGGAAGAGUUUUGCUCGAGCUGAUACCAGGACUGAACACAAGCGAACACACACAGGAGAGAAAUCUUAUGUCUGUGAUCGAUGUGGUAAGAGUUUCACUACCUUAGGAGCACUGACUAUACACCAGAGAAUACACACAGGAGAGAAACCAUAUGUCUGCGCUGUAUGUGAAAAGAGUUUCCGUCAGUCAGGACAACUGACUAUACACAAGCGGAACACACACGGAGAAAAACCAUAUAACUGUGAUCAAUGUGAGAAGAGUUUUGCCGAAGCUGGUUCCCUGACUGAACACAGACGAACACACACAGGAGAGAAACCAUAUGUCUGUGAUCAAUGUGGGAAGAGUUUCACUACCUUAGGAACACUGACUAUACACCAGAGAAUUCACACAGGAGAGAAACCUUUUGUUUGUGCUAUAUGCGGAAAGAGUUUCCGUCAAACGGUACAACUGACAAGGCACAAGAGAACACACGCGGGAGAGAAAUCUUACAGAAGCUUUGAUCAAUGAGGUCGAUCAUCUCGCCUGGGUUGCCCCGGUACGAAGUGUUUGCAUCUGGCGAAAGUUGAUUGCAUUCGUUUUGGAACCAGGAAAGCCCAUAUGGCAAAAUGUGCUCAAAACAAAAGUGACAUAGAUUUAAGCUCGUGGAGUCAUGACUAGGAUUCUGUGUUUUCAAAAGCAAGAAGUGAUUGCUUUAGUUAAUAUGUUUUUUUUUUUAUCUGCCUUCUCAAUAAAAACUCAUUUGAGCAGUUCAUAUUUUAUGGAAAAGAUAUGUAUGUUUCUGGACGACGCACCGUGCUGGCUUGUUGACAACAUGACCGAGCGAUGCAGAUUACCGUUACAUUUGAGAAGGGCGCUCCUCCAUCACCGCUUUCGCCCAUUUACGUCACGGGCCAUAGACGGGGGGGGGGGGGCGAGCGGCUUAAGCAUGAUCCAAUCCGCCCACUGACUUUACACAAGCUGACGCACAACCUGGAGAGAAGCUUUUCCAAAUGUUCUGUGUGGAAAGAGUUAUACCAAAGUAAGGCUUUUUGAAAAUCCCAGGAGAGAAACCAUACCUCUGUGCUAUAUGUGGAAACAGUUUUCCGUCAAGCAGUACAACUGACGAGACACAUGCUGACACACAGGGGAGAGGGCUGUGAUCAAUGUGGGAAGAGUUUUGCUCGAGCGGAUUACCUGACUGAACGCACACAAACUCACAGUUGAAGAUGCAUCAGCGAACACACACACUGGAGAGAGACAUUACAGAUGUGUGUGGUCUGCUGUGAGUUUUUAGUUUAUUGGGAUCCCCAUUAGCUACAGGAUUUUGGAUCCUCAUUCUUCACGGUUUUGAUACCGUGAAGAAACUCAGUGGUGCGUCUGGUGGGGUAUCUACAGUCUAUUCGGGAAAGUAUUCAGACCCCGGGGGAGAAGGUCACCACCCUGACCAAGGACCAAGAACGCGAUGGUCACUCUGACAGAGUUCCUCUGUGGAGAUGGGAGAACCUUCUAGAAGGACAACCAUCUCUGCAGCACUCCACAAAUCAGGCCUUUAUGGUAGAGUGUCCAGGCGGAAGCCACUCCUCAGUAAAAGGCACAUGACAGCCCGCGUAGUUUGCCAAAAGGCACCUGAAGGACUCUUAGACCACCAUAAGCAUCAUGCUGUGGGGAUGUUUUUCAGCAGCAGGGACUGGGAGACUAGUCAGGUUCGAGGGAAAGAUGAACGGAGAAAAGUACAGAGAGAUCCUUGAUGAAAACCUGCUCAGGACCUCAGACUUGGGCGAUGGUUCACCUUCCAACAGGACAACGACCCUAAGCAUACAGCCAAGACAACACAGAAGUGGCUUCGGGACAUGUCUCUGAAUGUCCUUGAGUGGCCCAGCCGGAGACCGGACUUGAACCCGAUCUAACAUCCCUGGAGAGACCUGAAAAUUGCUGUGCAGCGACACACCCCAUCCAACCUGACAGAGCUUGAGAGGAUCUGCAGAUAAGAAUGGGGGAAACUCUCCAAAUACAGGUUAGCGUCAUACCCAAGAAAACCCACGGCUGUAAUCACUGCCAAAGGUGCUUCAUCAAAGUACUGAUUUAAAGGGUCUGAAUAGUUAUGUAAAUGUGAUGUCAGUUUUUUAAUUUUAUUUGUAUAAAUUUGCAACAAUUUUGGAGAGAGAGAAUUUUUUUUUUUUUUUUUCAUUACGGGGUAUUGUGAUGUCAUUACGGGGUAUUGUGAUGUCAUUACGGGGUAUUGUGAUGUCAUUACGGGGUAUUGUGAUGUCAUUACGGGGGUAUUGUGAUGUCAUUACGGGGGUAUUGUGAUGUCAUUACGGGGGUAUUGUGAUGUCAUUACGGGGGUUUUGUUUGUAGAUUGAUGACGGAAAACAAUUGAAUCCAUUUUAGAACAAGGCUGUAAGGUAACAGAAUGUGGGCACAAAUCAAGGGGUCUGAAUACUCUCUGAAGGCCCUCUGUCUGUUCUGAAGUGUACACAAAUACAUUGAACACGUGGUUCGGUAUUUUCAACACACAAAUAUAUCUUAAGACAAGACGACGUCCAUUUCUCCUCAACCCUAAAGACUAUCAACCAUGCUGUUGAUGUUAGUUCUAUGUGUGUAGUUUUAAAGGGCAAGGACGUGCUGUUUUGUUUUGAGACAGCUUUGCUCGGUCUUUCUUUUCUGCACCUGACCACAUUACCAGCCAGUCAUCAAGAUGGGACAAGACCAGAGUCUGAACAACUAGUACAGUGGAUCUUUGUGUCAAAAACAGAGAACAUAUUUUUAUAACAGACAAUACCCCUCCCCAUCUUCACAGCAACCUAGUCUAACAGUUGACCAUGAUAACUUCACCUCAUCUAAACAACAACUUAGUCAAUAUGACCUGACCAUGAUAACUACACAACAACUUACUCAAUAUGACCUGACCAUGAUAACUUCUCCUCUAAACAACAACUUAGUCAAUAUGACUAGACCAUGAUAACUACACAACAACUUAGUCUAACAGUUGACCAUGAUAACUUCACCUCAUCUAAACAACAACUUAGUCAAUAUGACCUGACCAUGAUAUUCACACCCCAUCUUCACAUGCACAACCCCAGGUGAGGUUUAGGUCUCAGAUGGUUGGAACCAAAUACAAUAUGAUUUUAGAUGCAUGUACGUCCAGUUUAUUCUGUAAGUCCUUUUGCUACGAGUCUCCGUGCGCUCCCAUGGCUGUAGGUGCUGAUGUGUGGAGUCUGCAGUCAUCAGCAUACAUAGUAAUUUUAGCUUCUUGUAAGACAAAUGGCAAAUAAUUUGUAAAAAAUAGAGAAGAGUAAGGUGUGUUGGUUUGAUGACAUGGUGAGGGUUUCACACUCUGUGGGGUUAUAUUUACUUUACCACCUACUGUUGGUGCUUUCAUGAGAUGGCUGAGAGACCGUCACUUUAAAAACGGGCUCAUAUUGUCAAUUAAAACAAUGUAAAAAUGUAGAAUGUUUUGCCAAUGUUAUUGGUAGAAUUUACAUGUUGUAAUUCAAUAGGUAGAGUUCAUGUUGUAAUUCAAUAGGUAGAGUUGACAUGUUUUAAUUAAAUUUAAUUAAAAUUGAACGCAUAUGUGCUUGUAGUUAAUACACGCCACAAUAGUUUUGUUUUUAAAUGAUAAUAAAUACGAAAGCUCCUAUGAACCUUGGCAUUCUUUUUUCCAACUUAUUCUUCUGAGAACAACUAAAAAUGCAUUUUUUUAAACCUAAACUAAGAUUAGCUCCACGAAACAUCAUCGACGUAGACGCACAAUCGUUGUGUAUCUCUUAUUGGGGAAAGACUAAUGAACGGGCUGCACAGUCACUAUGGGAGCUGUCUACAGCGCCCGGUUAAAUUGUGCAUUACAAGCAAUUAUUUUUUUUAACUCUGCAAACGGUUAAACUCGUGAGAUAGUUUAUUGUAUAGUGGGUAACAUAAUACUUAUAUCAUCCUACAUUGAAAUGUUGAUUUAUUUGUACAUAUUAGAUUAUUUUAUAUUUCGCCGUCUUCCUUGAUGUUUUGAUCCAAAUGGAACGCAUACGUUACGACUACAUUACGCAAGCUCACGUUUUGACCGCAUCGAAUGGAAGGUAUACGUUACGACUACAUUACGCAAGCUCACGUUUUGACUGCAUCAAAUGGAACGCAUACGUUACGACUACAUUACGCAAGCUCACGUUUUGCUCACAUCGAAAUAUGGUUAAUUACUGUUAGUAAUUACUGUUGGUGCUGUUAGUGUAAAAGUUUAUAGUUAUCGCGAUGACACAAUCGAUGGCUUCAUAAAACAGAUCAAUAUAUUUGGUUCUGGUCCGCUUGGCGGUUGCAGGACUUAGAACGCUGCUGUCAAUUUCAAACUCUAAUGGCAUGAAUAAUG